AUGCUCUGGCUUCAGAUAGCCAGCCAAAUCGGCAUCGCUAUCUUCACGUUUGUCGUGCAGAUGCAGGUGCCCAACCAUCUAUAUGUACCUGAAAUUGUCGGACUUUUCAUCGACGCGGCUGCCCCGCACUUGGUAUACAUUGCUGAAGAGGUUAAACUUUCAUUCCGGUCCACCCAUCCCACACUUCCGGCUUACCCGACUUGGCAUCUAAUUCCGUCGUCCACCACAGGGGUUUGCAAAGAUAUCAUCCUCUGGACCCCUACGGCCGUCGCUGUUCCCGUCGAGCUGCACCCUCCGGCCGUUGCUACACCAUUUGUGGCGUCGUCGUCGGUGCCUACGAUUUCCACAUCGACGCCCACGUUUACCCAAGCCUCCACAAUCGGGGAUGCGUGGCCGGAAACGCUGACUUGGGACGACGAUGCGAUUGACUUGGACAACCACUUCUGCCCAGCCUACCUUGCAUCCAUGGUCCAUACCUGCUAUCUUCGUCCAAUUCAUAUCGUGGCCGUGGCCGUUACAGUCGCGAUGGUGUGGGGAGUGUACGCACUGAUCAAGAUUUCUAACACUCAACGUAAUGAGAAGAUGGCAUCUACCCACAGUGGUCUGUGGAGAUAUACCCAGGGCAACAUUGUUGCCAAGCUCGUGGGUAUAGUUUAUGGCGGCGCACCAUCGCGGUCAAGAAAGAGCUCUCUGGACCGCGAUGAUGCUUCGCCGACUGUCCCAUGCGCCUCCGCAGACCACGAUCCCGUACCCACCGUCCUCCCACACGCGCACCAAUGCGAUGUCAGUGAAUCGAUGGCAGCGCAUGUCGAGCAACGGACGGCAGCCUUAGUAGCUCACGGUAGUAAUUCCACGCCAGUGUCGUCCAAGUCCUCGUGGGCCCCCAGUCGGAUCGCGCUCAUGCCCGAAGAGGCAUCAAUGGCGCGCACCGCGUACGCUUGCGAGAGAUACGCCAAGGUGUGCGCCGAAGCCAUCAAGAUCAUGGAGUACCACAGCGCUCGCCCGGCCCUAUUGCGAGACGCCAUGGUGAGCGAACGUGAGGGGUUCCUCGCAUUUGUCGAGCAGGAGGUCCAGCGUGCCGUGGGCGUGCAGGCUCAGUGGGAGGAUCGUUGCGCGGAGCUCACAAGGACUUAUGCGGCAAUGACGGCACGGCAGACAGAAGUCAAUUGGACGCUGGCGCUACUGAAGUCGACGCGUGCGCGACUGGACUUGGAACGCGCAGCGAUGAGGAAGGAGCACGAGCAGCGUGUAAGGGUCCGGGAACAAGUGGAACACAAGCGUGCGCUCAUCGAAUCUGAGUGUCUGGAGGCCGAAAAGAAACGCAAGGAAGCCACAUGGAGACGCAUGCGGGCCAUUGUGGAGCGGAAGGAACUGGAGGAGCAGUGCGAGACGUCGGAUAAGGAGCGCUUCCAGCACGAGGCGGCGCGCGCACAAGCGGAGGAGGAACGUGCGAAGGCCGAGCAAACGCGCGCCGAAGCUGUUGCAAAGCGGAUCCAGUUGGAGGAACGGCGCGAGAUGCUGGAGAAGAGACAUGCGCGAAUCAAAGCCGCGCGCAUGCAGGCGGAGGAAGAACGCCUGGAGGCCGAGAGGAGGCACGUACAGGCUAUGGCUGACCGGGUGGCUCUGGGAAAACGGCGGGAGAUGCUGGAGAAGGAGCAUGCUCGCCUAGAGGCCGAGCGUAUGCAUCUGGAGGCCAAGCGUCGGCGUGAUCAGGAGGCGCAGGCAGAGAAAGCGAGGCAUGUGCAGGAUCAGGUGGUGCAUACGGAAGAGAAGGUUCUAUGCGAACGCGGCGUACACACCACUCACGCGGAGCAUCGGGACGCACAGACGGGUCGGGGAGGCCUAUGCGAGGACGGCAUGCAGACCGAUGGUACGCAAGGCGUGCGGGAACAGGACGUGCAGGCUGACGCUGCGGACCAUCUGUGCCACAACGAAGCACAGACUGAUCCAGAAGAGGCGCAGAUUGACCAGGCAGGGAGUGCGCGCGAGCAGGGCGUGGAGACACAACAGGAAGAACUGUUGCGCGAAAGCCACGAACAUAUGCAUCACGACGUCCACGGCAGGCAUCAUUCGGAGACCGAGCAGAUUCAGGAAGGAUCUAUUGAGGGGGAACAACAAGCACAGGCAGACGGCCGCGAUUCUUGGGGUACGCAGGACUCGCAAGACACGAAGCCAGUCGAGCAAGCCGGGCUGGUCGGAUCGGUCGAGCAGGUGAUACAGCCUGUGCAGGACGCACCAGCUCAGCAUGGUGAAAGCUCCGGCCAUGGGUUCACGCUCGACUGCGCCCCUCCACGUCAGCCCACGCCACCCGCAUCACCUUGGCUGCAGGAUCAUCAGCAAGCUGUCCAGGCUGCCCAGGUUUCCCCGUUGCAGGUUGUGGUACGGGCCCCUUCCCCGGAUAAUUCGGCCACCGCGGAAGAGCAGCCCUCGCCCCCGAGUCCAGUUGCUGCAGCAAAUCCCGUCGAUACACCUUCACCUGAUUUUAACGCGGCCUUGACACUCCUGGGGCUUUCAGGCCAACCGCAAGCGCAAGACGUACCCAACGUCCAGGUCGAGAAUGGCGGGAACACAGGGCAAGACGGGCAGCAGCAAGUAGAUGAUGUGAACAUGGAUGCGAUGCCGCAGCUCCAGGGAGGCUAUCAACCCACCCUCGACAGCUCGUACUACCAGCCCAUGCCCCCGCAGUCUUGGCAAGGCCCAUCGAGCACAGCCGGGCCAUACGGCUACCAGUGGGCUGCACAGUCCCUCCCACCGGCUGCUGCAACAGAUCAGCAGUUCAUGGAAUACGAGCCCGCGCCACCGCCUCCCACCGCGUCCCUCAUGCUCAACCAGGCUUCCUCCUCCAGCCGCUAUGUCGCCCCUGAUGUCGUCACCUCGCACUAUGCUGCCCCACGUACGGGCCAGGCACCUGUUUCACCGCCGAUUGCGCCCGGGCCUGAAAUCCUCGAAUUCUUCCAGAAUUGGCUAGCAGCGAACGGCCCGCAAGACCUGCAGGGUGGGCAAGAGAUGCACGCCGAGGAUGGCGACCAUCACGCGGAAGAUGCGCAGUCCCAAGACGAUGAAUUGGAGGUCGAUCUCGGGUAUGACGAUGAUGACGACGACUACAGCGCAACGGCCUACUCUGCGGCGAGUGAUGCUUCCGAAGGUGAUGGUUCCGAGGAUGAUGAUUCCGAGGGCGAUGAUUCCGAGGACGAUGAUUCCGAAGGCAGCACAGAAGAAGGCGACUCGGAUGAGGAUCAUCCGUCACGCCCCGUGGCCCCGCUACCGUCCCGUUCAAGACGCAUACAAGGACAACAAGAGACGGCGCAGUUUCUCCUCAUGGGCCACCCCGCAGGACAGCCGCCGCUUGCUGGCCAAUCCAACGCGUCACCGGUUGCUUGGGGCGCAGAAGUAGACUUCGCCAUUCCGCAGCCAACGUAUGGGCCGCCGCAACCUUGGGGCGCGCCUAUGCUGAUCCAACAUGACCCCUCGCCCGCGGCGUCCAUGAGCACGCCGCCGUCGCGCCCUGACGAGCAUGUGCAGCGCGGACAUCCAGGAGCUGCCGAGUCGAAUGACGUCCCGACAGCAGCACCGAUCGAGCAGAGACCAUUGUCUCUCCAUGACCUCAUGAUGGCUGAGGCUGCCGCGCGGCAGACACCGAGAUCGUCACCUGAAGGCCCAGAGACGGAGGAGCCGGCACAGUAUCCGCCUGGUGAAGACCAAGAGAGUCGGCAAAUGUAG